UUGUUUUUCCUCACACACAUGGAGUCACAGGAUUAAAGUACGCAUACAUGUGUUGUUAGUCGAGUCAGAUUGGACUGUGGUCAUUCUCUUAUGAUAACUGACACAGGGAGGACUGUCGCCGGACAAAAACGUAUUUCAGUUGAACAUCCGCCUGCCAUGGCCCCUCCUUUUCUGUGGACACUACUCAUGGUGGUUGCCAUGGCAACUGGUGUCUUUUCAGCGGGCAAUGAGAACGAUCUGGAAUACGGCUACUGGAACUACAGAGAGGAAGCGGAUAGCGUGAAUGUGACCUCAGUGCUCAGUGUGACCAGAGUUUUAGAUGCUUGGGGAAAACGCAUCUUCCGGGAAAUCAAGACCUUGCUGCACUCGGAGCCCAAUGCACUGCUGCCUGACUACUCCCGGGUGCGCCCUCUUUCCGAGUCCGUCAACGACCUGUUCAGAGAAGUCUCACUGCUGCGCAAGCGCAUCACCGAGCUCUCUCAUCGCCUAGCAACCCUGGAACCGUUCCUCCGUCACCACGGCUACCGGGAGGUGGGGGAGGAGGAGGCGGGAGGCGGGCGGGCUCCGCGGAGGAGGAGCCGGGUGGUGAGGAGGAGACGGGUGAGAGUCCUGAAGAACUGGGGAGGGACGCCGGUUCAGAGAGAGAUAUAAACACACAUGAUGGAGGCGAGGAGAAAGUUGAAAUGGAGCUUCUACGAAUAUGAUGUCGCUGUAUAGAUUUUAAUUUUUGGAAAAACUAACAUAUUCCAGACAUGCUGCAGUCGCCUUAAGUGGGAUCAUGCAGAGACCAUAUGGUUUGUAUUACUCAAUAAAUAUCUCUUAAUAAACAAUCUUAUUGCCCAGUUCUGUCA